GUGGCGCUUCUCAUCUGCAUGUGAAUUUGAUUUGAAAGGUUUUUGCUUAAUCAUCUUGUUGUUUUUUCCCAAUUUAAUAUUUUGGUUAAUUGUUUUUCUGUCAGUUAAUUUUUUUUACCACUAAUUGUCACUUAAUUAUCACCUGUUACUCGACAAUGACCUCUGCAUUGUUACCAGAAAUUCCGGCUCCUGGAUUUUCAUUUGGAAAUUUUGAAAGGAAUGAGCAUCUUGUAGAGAAAGGUUUUAAACCACCCAGAACAUUUUCAACUGGUACAACAAUUUGUGGUGCCAUUUUCGAUGGUGGAGUAGUUUUCGGAGCUGAUACAAGAGCUACUGGUGGUUCCAUUGUUGCUGACAAAAAGGCUGAUAAAAUUCAUAGACUCGCUUCUAAUCUGGUUUUUUGUGGAGCCGGAACUUCAGGUGAUCUUUCUGCUUUAGAAAAUAUGAUUAAAGGUCACAUUGAACUGCAUAGAUUAAAUUCUGGAAAAGAAGUUCCUAUUUGUGUAGCUACCACAAAAAUUUCUCAACAUCUUUUCCGAUACCAAGGUCAUCUUGGAUGUGCUUUAGUUCUUGGUGGAGUGGACAAAUUUGGUUCCCACUUGUGUCACAUUUAUCCUCAUGGAUCUAUCACCAAGCUAAUGUUUGCCUCUAUGGGGUCUGGAUCUUUAGCUGCAAUGUCGCACCUUGAAUUAAAUUAUCGACAAAAAAUGCCACUCGAAGAAGCUAAACUUUUGGUACGAAAUGCUAUUCUUGCUGGUAUCGAAAAUGAUCUUGCCUCUGGUAACUCUAUUGAUAUUUGUAUUGUUACUAAAGGUAAAAUUGAGCAUAUUCGUGGCUAUGAUAUUCCGAAAUCGGCAAUUGCUGCUAAAAAACAAGGUGUUUAUAGAUUUGCUAUCGGAACUACUCCUCUUCUUGAAAGUAAUGUUAAAUAUGAAGAAGAAGAGACCAUUGAAAGACAAUUAGAUCCAGAUCGAUUCAUGGAAACUUAAAAUCUCUUGGAUUGGAUUAAUAAAAGACUUGAUUCAAUUAGA